AUGCAAAAAAUACGUAUAUCAGUCUUACUAGGUGCUGUACUCGGUCUUAUUCCAAUUGCUUUAGGUGUUGUGGCACUUGUGACGCGAAAAUGGAGCUAUUAUUCACCAGAUUACAAUCUUUUCACGCUGAAUACUGGUACUCUACAUUCCCAGUGUAAUAAACUCCAGAUGAAACAACUAUUUCAAGGUUUAGAAAUAGGUGGUAUUGCUGCCAUAGCAGUUGGUGUUAUAGUGUCAGUUCUUCUUAAUAUUAUAGUCAAAAAUCGAUGGAUUAGACGUGCACCACUAAUUUUACUUAUUCUGGGGCCCACCGCAAUUUUUAUUGGUCUUAUUUUAUUCUUAGAAUGUACAAUCAACCAUGGUUUAGGAUAUAGCAUAAUAUUAAUGAUUAUUUCCAGUAUUACUGGCUAUAUUGUAGCUAUAUAUUUUGCAAUCAUUAGUUCUGGUGGCCACCAUCAUUACCAUAGUUCGACAACUAUUACUACUGGAGAAACUGUUCGAUUUUGA